GGAGUUUUGCCAUUUAUGGCCCCUGAAGUGCUAAGGGGACGUAAACAUACCAAGGCAUCUGAUAUAUAUGGCUUUGGGAUGGUAAUGUAUGAACUACUAACUGGCAAGCCGCCUUUCUUUGGCGAAAGGCAGGAUUUGGGUCUGAUAACAGCAAUAAUUGAAGGGAGCCGACCGCACGUUCCACGAUAUACGCCACAGUUCUACAAAGAAUUAAUGGAGCAGUGUUAG